AUGACCGGUUGCCUCGUUAGCAAAGCAUGCAGCUGGCUGGAAAAACGACCAAUAGAUGAAGAACUGAUCUGUCCUAUGGUCAGAAGGACAUCAGAGUGGCUGAAGCGGUUAACAUCACGUCAAUUGCCGACCAUCAGUACCCUUAGCCGAGUAAGCGACAGAGCAUGGAAUUCAUCCGAACCUGCUAUCGACUGGAAAAUAAAGAACCAACUGAAAGCUCAUGAAGCCCCAGCAAAAAUACAAGCUGUAUUCAACGAGAUGCUAACGAAACAAUACUCCACAUCGACAAAGUUUUACACCGACGGCUCGUUAGACGAGAAGGGCGUCGGUCUGGGAGUACACAGUGAACACACCAAUAUCUCUAUGCGCAUUCCGGACUGUUGUACCAUUUUUUCAGCAGAGGCAUUAGCACUUAUGAUUGCCGCUGAAAAUGCACCGAUCUCUGGCCACACGAUUAUAUUUAGCGAUUCAGCGAGCUGCAUUCAAGCUAUUGACCACGGAAAGUCCCGACACCCGUGGAUACAGGCUGUCGAAUGCACAUCGGCUGAUAAAAAUAUCACAUUCUGCUGGGUGCCAAGUCACUCUGGCAUUACUGGAAACGAAAGAGCAGAUCAUCUAGCCGGUGAGGGUCGAACCAGAGAGUGCAACGAUAUCCCAGUACCAGCUAAGGACUUCGUGCAAUAUGCAAAAGCUCAACUCCGACAAGCAUGGGAUGCAGAAUGGAACAACUGUAACACUUUCACGAGAAGUAUAAAAUCAACAACCGCGGCCUGGAAAGACAGGAAUGAUUCUUCAGAACAAACUGCUAUCACCAGGCUCCGCAUCGGGCACACAAAGCUGACGCACGAUUUUCUCCUGGACCGGAUAGACAAACCACAAUGCUGCGGGGAAGACCUCACAAUACGGCACCUACUGGUAGACUGUCAACGAAAUCAGCAGAGUAGGGACCUACAUUUUGCCAACCUGACUUUAGGUGAAAUACUUGGACCAGAUCAUGAAGAAAAAUUGAUUGAAUUUAUGAAAGAAGAAAAAUUAUUAGAUAGUAUUUAA